AGUGUUGUAGGCGAAGCCGCUGCAGCGCCUCUCUGCAGCAUCAGAACCAAACGGACCCGCUGGGAGCUGAAGUCGUCCCUCCAUCCUCUCCACAGGCAUCCAGCUGCUGCUUUUUCUCGCCGUCCUCCAUCAGACCCAGUUUCAUCUUCCGUCCCGCCUCCUGAAGCUGGACCUGCUGCAUCUCCUGCAGAGACACCAUGAGCCUCACCCUGCUGCUGGCUGUGGACUAGAACCAGGUGAGCUGGCCCGGCUGGACCUCCUGAGAACGAGCCCUGCCUCCAGCUUCUCCUCACCAGACCGCUGUCUGACCAGUCCAAUGGCCACCAGCCCCAGUGGCGCCCCAGGAUCCAGCUGCAUGGAGCCCCCAAAGUCAGAAGAGCCAGCAGGCACCCAAGCCGACAGAGAGGCCCCCCCGCCUCCUGCCACUGCUCAACCAUCCAGUGAGGGGCAGCAGACUGCGAUGCCAACAACAGACCCUCCAGAGGUCCGACAAAUAGAAAAAGAGAAAUCGAUUGACCACCUGACAGUGAUCAGUGAGAGCACAGAGACCAGUAACGGUGUUGCUCCUGUGAUGAAUGAAACAUCCCCCACAGUGUCCUCUGUGACGCCCAAGCUUCACGCUAAGCCAGGUGGCCAUUUUAACGGCCGGCCUGGUUUGGGCAGCCGGUCCGGCUCGUUAGCGGCGGGCUCACCAAGGCCCUCGCUAACACGCCAGCCCAGUGCCAUCACAGAGGUCACUGCGAAUGGAUCAAAACCGAGGGACUACCUGAUGCUUGCCAUCCUGUCCUGCUUCUGCCCAUUGGUGCCCGUCAACAUCGUAGCCCUCACGUUCUCCCUGAUGUCUCGGAACAGUCUGCAGCAGGGCAAUGUGGACGGAGCCCGUCGUUUGGGUCGUAACGCCUUGGUGCUGUCAGUCGUCUCCAUUUUAGGAGGAAUUGCUAUCAUCGCUGCAGCUAUUGCCUUCAACUGGGGACGGAUUUUAAAAUCCUGAAAAAACAAGUCUGCACCGAGAGUCCAUCUUCAGGACCACAUCCAAACCAACAUGGCACAGUUCAUUCCCGUUUCUGAAGCACCCAUCGUUUCAUCCGCCUUCACCAAACAGAAAAAACACCAUGUUUCUGUUCCAGUUUGUUGAUUAUUUCUGCACGACAAUGAGCAUGAUCUGCCUGACGCUCUACCUCCAGCACAACCAGCCAACUCUGUCCCGGCACGCUGUCUGCAACAAGCAGGACAGGACGAAGGGCCACCAAUCAAUCUGUGGUAGCAGCUACUCUCCACUGAUCUUUCUCCCAUCGUCACAGAGUCGGACAUUUGUCUCCAUGAGGGAUUAUACUGACGUCUCUUGUAGAAGCCAACUGGUGGAUCUCAUGUUCUGAUGCCAAAAAAGGUCUAAAUGAUGUAAAACUAUGAAACUUUGAACUGAAAAAGGUUUAAGACUUUUACUGUGAAGGUCAGAAAGAAACGGACAUCCUCGUCGGUGGAUUUGCAACAAGGACAUGCUAUAUUGAUUUGUCCACUUUUCUCAACCGGCACCAGUUGCUGUGACAAGAACUCACUCCUGCUUCAGUUCUGGACAUUCAUAAAUUAGAGGCCAUCUCAAAUUAGAAGUACCUCUAAGUGUUCAGCUAAUCAUGGUUCAAAACGCGGGUAAUCAGUGCUUCCUAAUACCCCCAAUCCAUAAAUCCCAGAACAACUGAAUGUCGUCCAUAAAUGAACAAAUUUUCCAAACUUAAUCAAUCGUUGCAGAGCAGGGGGGAUUGCUGCUGCCUGGCUCCAGUGGGGGGUGGGGAACACCUUGGACAGUCUGAGCAAACACUUCUGGUUUUAUAUUGGAUGAAGGUGUAAUGUAGAGACAGAAGUGCCAGCAAAAUAUGCUCGCUCAGAUGGAAGAACAUGGACGUCUUUCUUCAGGUUCAGUGAGUCUAAGCCAGACGCAGAGACGAUCCAGUAUGCUGAUGUCUUGUUGAGGAGUCAGGACCUCACCUAUGGUCCUCACCUAUGGAUCAUGGGUGAAGGCACCACUGGAUCUACGCAGCUGAAAUGAUCUUCCUCUGUAGGGUAGACCAAGUCCAUAGCAGUCAGACCAGGUGGUUCAUCUGAUCAGGAUGCCUCCGUCUGGAGAUUUCUACCCAGAUCCCACUGGGUCCAGACCAUGAAGGACCCAGAACUCUGUAUUUACCUUCUGGCCUGGGAUCUGCUUGAGACCCUGAAUGAAGUCCUGGAUAGACUACUAGACCCAUGACUUUCAAUCACAGAUAAGUGGAGAAGGACAGACAGAUAAGGCACCAGAUUAUUAAAGAUCACCCAAAGUGUGGCAAUAGUGAUACUAAGGGAUGAAACUGGGUCAAACACAAGAAGAUCUCGUUUCCACAGCAUAAUAUGACCAGAAAAGGAACUUCUGCCUUCCUCAGAUUUGACUCAAAUAUUAAAGUGAACUUGCUCGCUUGGGACCAUUGCGCUAAAAUGAAUUUCCAGGUGUCGGUUGUGGUCUUCUGGAAAGGUGAAGGAUUCUCUCUGACUGAUGGAGGUCUGCUCCAGAAACAUCUCUGGUUGGAAACGUUCACCGGAUGCUUGGCAGUUCAGAGGCAGCUGACUUCAGACUCAGCUGCAGUUUAACCACAGACUGCUGAGCUGCAGUCGUAACUGAUCCCAGGUCAGUAAGUCACAUUCAGCCAUAUUUAAUGGUUCUGUCUGACCGCAGCGUCUCCGCUUACUGGACCUGAAGGGAUGGGUCGCAUCGCAUCAUUCCCGGUCACUCCCAGGACUUCUAUUCACCUGGGAGCUUAGGUUACCUUUACUCGGCGCCUCUUUGGGCUUUUCUGAUUGUGAUCAGAGUGGAUCAGCUUUUUCUCCUGAUGGACGGAGUCUGUUGUCUCUCAUCUAUUCCCAGAGUUCAGCUCCGCUUCACCUCAGAGGCUCUUUGACCGUCGAGGCGUCUCCUCCGCCAGCAGCUGCUCCCAACUUCAUCUUUCUGUUGGAGAAUGAAUAGUUUGUUAAACCCAAAGCUGCGUCUAAAAGAAUAUUGAGCCAGAACCCGACCUGUUAUCCAGAAAACCUACUGCUCAGACGGCUUUAAACUUCUCCUGUCAUGCUGAUGAAGAUUCUCAGUCAUCCAUGUCAUGGUCAGUCCAAAAAAGUAAAAA